AUGUCAAAACGGCGUUUCAAUCCUUCGGAAAAGGAGGAAAAAGUUCCUAUAGUGGAGAAGUUGUACAGACAACAUCAGCCGUCGUUCAAUGCAGCCGGGGGCUUUAUGGACGACGAUGACCAAUACGAGGAACGACGAGAAGAAAUAACCAAGUCAAGACAGCAAAGAGCCGAUGCAAAGUUCGCUAAUCAAGAAUGCCCUGAUAACUGCAUAAAGUGCAAGCGACCAAUGUUCGACUCAUGGCUAUGGGAACGCUACAGCCAUCCGGUUUGCGAUGGAUGCAGAGAUGAUUUGGGUGAACAUAAACUCAUCCCUCGAACGGAAGCAAAGUCGUUUUACUUGCUCAAAGACUGUGAUUUGGAUCUGCGGAAACCAGUGCUGCGUUACUGGGCGAAGAAGAAUCCUCACAAUCCGCGCUAUGGUGAUAUGAAGCUAUAUCUUAAAUGUCAGGUGGUUGAGCGGAUGCUAGAAAUUUACGGUAGCUGGGAGGAGUUCGAAGCUGAGAAGAAAUUGCGCAGUGCACAAAAGGAAACCAGAGCUGAGAAGAAUUUUGAAAAGAAGGUCAAGGAAAUGCGACAGCAUAUUCGUGGUCUUUCCGGUGUAAAAAUCGAAGAGAAUGCCGCGCAUGAACACACUUAUGGUGAGGAAGAGUAUGACGAAAGUAAAGAUGAAUACUGGAAGGAGUGCACCCAAUGUGAUUAUGUGCUCAGAUACGAGAAGAUGUGA